GUGGAUGGGACCCACCUGAUCCGGCAUUGGCCCCUCCCACUAUCAUAGUAUAUAAGGCACAUAAUAAAAGAGGGCAGUUAGUUACAGCCACGCAGAGGAAUUAACAGCACCAGUCUUCGGAAAGAACCCAGAAACAGUUUCAACCAUGAAAACCAUCUAUUCCUUGGCUGGCAUCCUCCUGGUCCUCAGCUUUGUUCAGAGCAGCUGGCAGGUCCCUCUGCAUGACACUGAGGACAGCUCAAGUUUGGAGGCUGCUGACGGCACGUUAGCGGACGAGCUGAGGGAGCUGUCGAGCGUGAAGAGACACUCAGAGGGGACGUUCUCGAACGACUACAGCAAAUACCUGGAGGAGAGGAAGGCGCAGGACUUUGUCCGGUGGCUGAUGAACAACAAGAGGAGCGGCUCAGUGAGCUCAGCAGAGAAGCGCCACGCGGAUGGUACCUUCACCAGCGACGUCAGCUCCUACCUCAAGGACCAGGCAGUCAAAGACUUUGUUGCCAGGCUGAAGUCUGGACAAGUCAGAAGAGAAUCUGAAACAUUCAGCAGGAGGCAUGUUGAUGGAAGCUUCACCAGUGAUGUGAACAAGGUGCUGGAUUCUUUGGCUGCCAAGGAAUAUAUACUGUGGGUCAUGACCUCCAAGCCUGUGGAAAGUAAGAAAAGACGAGAUGACCAGUGAGGCGUGAAGGACUCCCUCUGCGCUGCACACAAAGCCAUAGAUUUAAAGUGGGAAUGGAAGCCAUACUGCUUUGCAUGUUGUAAUGCCAACACCAUAUUUAAUUUUGUAAGUUAUUUUUUUUAGCUAUUUACAGUGUGUUGUGCAAAGAUACACGAAAUCUUCCACAGUGCUGACCAGAGGGAAAACACCAAAUUCAGGGAAUAUUUUUUCUACAAAUUUAAAUUAUUUUCUAUAUUUUUGAAGAGAAAGAACACAGUGAGUGAAGACUUAGGCACACGAUAAAAAACAUGCCAUGCACA